AUGCUCCCCGAGACUAUGCCCGAAUGGAAGCAUGAAGAUGAUGGGGGUCGAGGGAAGCAUCGCGACUAUGCUGUAGCUAUAGUAGAGGGGAUGAGGCGCUGUAUUAGAAAAACACCAAAUUGGGCUAAGCUGUAUAAUAUUCGACAGGAAAAGAGUGAAAAUCCAGCUGCCUUUUAUGAACGCCUGUGUAACACUUGUAAGAGGUACACAGACCUUGAUCCGGAAGAUGCCAAUGGAAAGCGGGUAUUGAUUCCCCUCUUCAUUGGACAAUCUUAUGAGGACAUCAGGAAAAAGCUGCAAAAAUUGGAAGGAGCAUUGGGUAAAAAUAUAGAGGAGCUUUUAGAAAUUGCAAUGAAGGUUUAUGAUCGCAGAGACGAUGAGGAAUGAAAGAAAAAGGCCCGCGUUUUGGCACUGGCCCUAAGGGAGGGAAAUGAGGAGAAGGGGGGCAAGGCUAAAGGACGAUCGGGGCCACCGAGUAAGGGCAAGGGAAAGGGUCCCCGUUUAGGUCGAAAUCAAUGUGCUAUCUGUAAGGAGGAGGGACACUGGAAAAACGAAUGCCCCCGGCGACAGGGAAGAGAAUACAAGGAUAGAGGGGGCCGGGGGACCCAGCGGCCCCUCCUGGCAGCACAGGCUGCCAGCUUGGAUCCCACGGUAAAAAUUAAAGUGGAGGGCCGCCCAAUUGAAGCCCUAAUCGAUACUGGGGCUACCCUUAGUCUACUCCCCCUCAAUAAGGCUCCCCGGGGUAGAGCUCAGGGACGUGCCAUUGUUCAAGGGAUUGAGGGACAGACUACCGCUUUGGAGAAAACUCUCCCUCUCCUAGUAAAAGUCGGGGACCAACAGAUCUCUCACCAGUUCAUUUGCAGUCCCUCUUGUCCCAUAGCACUACUCGGACGAGACAUCCUCACUAAAUUGCAGGCGGAGAUCUCGUUCGAGGAUGGGAAAAUGGAAGUCAGGAUCCCGAAACAACAAACCUCUAAUUACCAGAUGGCUCUCAUAAGUGCUAGAAAUCACUCCUCGGAAUCCAGACCAUUAUAUGAGUCCCUGACUAAGGAAGGUUUGCUUCACUGGGUAUGGACCAAGGAAAUGGAAAAAGCAUUUCGAGAGCUUAAAGAAGCCUUGGUUCAGCCUCCUGCUCUAGCCCUCCCAGAUUCCCGAAAGCCAUUCACCCUAUACGUUCAUGAAAGGGGAGGGGUGGCAGCUGGAGUCCUGUGCCAGAGGUCAGGACCAACCUGGCGACCCAUCGGAUAUUAUUCAAAAGUCUUGGACCCCGUCGCCAAGGGAUGGCCUGCCUGUUUACGGGCCGUAGCAGCGACCGCCUUCCUCGUUCAGGAAGCCGAAAAAUUAACCCUGGGUGGAGAUACUGAAGUUGUGGUCCCCCACGGGGUGCCUCAGAUACUGGGAACAGGUGCUGGGGAAAAACACCUAAAUCCCAGUCGACAUACUAGAUACGAAGUGGGGCUCUUGUUGGCCCCCAAUCUGACCUUUAAGACAGUUAGUUCUCUUAACCCAGCCACCCUACUGCCCGAUCCCCAGGCCUCCUCUGAGGUCGGUCCUAUUCAUGACUGUAUUGAAGUCUUGCAACAAGAAACCAAACCCCGAUCUGAUCUUUCAGACCUGCCUUGGCCCAACCCUGAUGUUGAGGGAUAUGUUGAUGGGUCUAGCUAUGUGGUAAAUGGCAAGCGAUUUACUGGGGCGGCGGUGGUGAUUAAGGAUAAAGGGAUACAUAAAUUUAAACUCAGCCCCAACUUAUCUGCUCAGGCAGCGGAACUAGUGGCUCUCAUUGAGGCUCUCCGCUUGGGAGCCGGGAAAACCCUUAAUUUAUAUACUGACAGUCGGUAUGCUUACAUGGUGGUACAUGCACACGGGACCCUGUGGAGAGAAAGAGGAUUCAUUACGGCCUCAGGCCAAAAGAUUGCACAUGGGAGCCUCAUUAAAAUGUUGCUCGAGGCCCUAAUGCUCCCUCUCCGGGUUGCCGUGAUACAUGUGCGUGCCCAUGGGAAAGCCCCCGAGGCCGAACAGCGGAGGUAUAAUCAGCUGGCUGAUCAGGCCGCGAAGGAGGCCGCCCGAGAUGGGGCCUUAUGGCUUCUCAUGGUUCAGGACACUGAGGCUAAAACCCCUCCUCCCCAAUACACAGCCGAGGAGAUAGGUCAAGCCCAGGCUGCGGGAGGCCGGCAGCUGCAUCGAUACGCGGCGCCUUUCCAGGCCCUUCCCUUGGACCAGACCGUGCAUCCCUUCCGGAUCGGUGACCAGGUCCUUAUCAAAAAGUGGAAGUGCGACCCCCUGACGCCGAGGUGGGACAGUCCACACACUGUUUCGCUCAUCAGCCAGGCUGCGGUUAAAAUUCUCGGGAGUGACAAAUGGACACACCACACACGGGUUAAGCGGUUCCUGACCCCGAACCUGGAAGCCGACUCAACAGAAGAGGACAUCAGCCCUCUGUCCACCCCGGCUCCGGAGGCCCGGGGUGGCACGGGCGAAGACACCGUCUGGGAAUAUCAAGGACUUGACGGACUGAAAGGACUGUUUAAGAAAAAACGAUAA